AUGACAUCAACGUUGAUCUCGUCGAAAGCGAACUCAGGUAAAGCCUCCAACAGUACCACAGCCGGCAAUGCAAAUUCGAAUGAUACGGCAAUAACGGAAGAAGAAUUACUAGAGAAGGACUCGCCGCUUACUAUCGACGAUGUUCUUCGAUUGAGAAAAGCGACCAAUAACUAUCUAACGGAAACAGAUGAGAAUGUAUAUAAAAUCGAUUUCGUCCGUUUUCGAAUUCGUGAUAUGAAGACCAAUGCAGUUCUUUUUGAAGUCGAACGAGCUCAUGAUGAUGAUGAUGACAUUGAAUUAACUGCUGGCCGAUUUGUUCAAUAUCAUUUUCCGCCGUCAUUCCUCAAAUUGAAACAAGUGGGCGCGUUAGUGGAUUUCACUGUUGGCGAUCGUGAAGUGAAAUCGUUUCGUAUGAUUGAACGGCAUUAUUUCCGUGAUCAGUUAAUCAAAUCGUUUGAUUUUGAUUUCGGCUUUUGUCCGCCGAACACUCGUAAUUCCAUUGAGCAUAUUUAUGAAAUGCCUGAAUUCAAUUCCAAACAAAUUAAAGAAAUGAUUGAACAUCCGAAUGAAACCAAGUCAGACAGUUUUUAUUUCGUCGACAAUCAAUUAAUCAUGCACAAGAAAGCGGCUUAUGCGUUCGAUCGUGAUCAAUAG